UUUUCUGCCAAGGUCUGUAUCAGAUUUAAGACACAUGCUUCCUUGAAGGUUGCGAAGAAAGUUGGAAAACGAAUCUGGAUUACUGCUUUUUCCUUGCUAAAAAUACCAAUUUCUCGCUUGCAUGAUGGAAAAGUAUCGUAGCAACCAAGGGAGAUAAUCUGGGACUAGAUUUCUGCGGAAAGCAAGAAGAUUCUCGAGAAACUCCAAUUUACUUUGCUUUUAGUCAUUUGUCCAUCAUCUGCAUCUAUCGCUUCACUCUCGGAAAGAAAGAAAGUCGCAGGAAUCUACAAAUCUUCUCUUCCCCCCCUAUUUGGGUGGCUUCUAGCAAACUGCUAAUUCUCACAUUAUUUCUCUUACUCACCAUGUCCAUUAAAAUGGGCAUUGGCAGCUGUAUCCUCUCUAGUGUUUAACGGCUGGCAACGCGCUCUACCAAUAUGAUUAGACCGUGGGCAAUUGCAAACCUUUUUGUGUUUUCUUUGCAUCUUCUUCAGGGAUUUGACAAUGAGAAUAUGAAGGGAACAUCCCAGAACGAGCUGGAGAUGAAAAUCAGAUCUGCUGCAAAUCUCGAGGAGUUUCUUCGAAUAACUCAUCCCAGGGAGCUGAAACUUUGGAGAUGCAGAUCAAAGCUUAAAUCCUACAUUGGCUCAGAUUCCAGGUCUGCUUCCCAUCGCUCAACACGUUUUGCAGCUGCUUUCUAUGACAUUGAAAUAUUAAAGGUUAUAGAUGAGGAAUGGCAGAAGACUCAGUGUAUUCCCAGGGAAACUUGUGUGGAUGUUGGAAAGGACCUUGGCACCUCAACCAACACCUUUUUCAAGCCUCCCUGUGUAUCAGUGUUUAGAUGCGGAGGCUGCUGCAACGAAGAAGGAAUCUCAUGUGUAAACACGAGCACUUCAUAUGUUUUCAAGACGCUUUUUGAAAUCUCGGUUCCAUUAACACAAGCACCAGAACCCGUAACCAUCAAAAUAGCCAAUCACACAAGCUGCAAAUGCACGCCAAGUUCUCCACGGCUUUCGAAGGCCAUUAUACGAAGAUCUGUCCACUAUCCGGAAUACGGUUGCGACCAGGAAGAUACAAGCUGCCCGAAUGGAUGGCAGUGGGAUAGCAACCUGUGUGAGUGUGUGCUUCAAAGGGAGCCAACAAUCAGUAGAAGAAGGGAAGAACUAGCUAUAUGUGGAGCCCACAUGGAAUUUGAAGACAACUGUGAAUGUGUGUGCAAGCGGACAUGUCCCAGCAUACACCAUGUUCUGAACCAAGAGAGCUGCCUCUGUGAAUGUAGGGAGACACUAGAAAGUUGUGCCAAGAAACAGAAAAUAUUUUUUCCUGAUACAUGCAGUUGUGAAGACAAGUGUCCAUUCCAAAUAAAAGAAUGUCCCAACGGGAAACAAGUAUGUGCAAAAUAUUUUCAGUGUCCCAAAGAGAGAAGAGGAACAUCUUGGCUCCCAAGCAGAGAAAGCCCCUGAACAACACUACAAAUCAUGCUGCUUUGCAAGGUCUAGCUAUUUGACCCUAUCAAUGUUUGGACAUUUAAGUGCACAUUUAUGCAACCGUUAAGAAGUUCAUCUGCCCUUACUACUCACUGCUUCUGUGAGGGGAAGGAUCCUCAACAUUCAGGCAACUGGAGAAAAACAGGAGUACACCAAAAAAAAAACCAUCACUGAUUCCAGAGAGAAAGAACAGACAAUGUUGCAUAUCUGUGUGUAUUGCCUAACCGAAGAAAGCUAACUCUGGAAAAAGCCAGAACACGUCUAUAGUUCUAAUGUCAUUGCUCUUCAUAAGAAGUGCCAAGUAAAAACCUUGCUGUCCACAUAGUUUUUUCCAAUAACGUGUAGGCAGACGGGACAGAAUAUGGUUGCUGCUAUUAGAUAUUAAAAAGGUAUUCAUUAAAUCAGCAACACUUUAGGUAAUAUAUGCAAGUAUGGGAUCCUUUAUGUGGAAACCCCAUCCAGAAAGCUCUGAAUUAUGGAAAGGUCGUCUCCCAUAGACUUCAUUUAAUCCAAAUAAUCCACAUUUUUAAAAAUGAUUUCCUUUUUCUCUAUAACAAUUAAACAGUUCCCAGUUAACAUAUACUUUAUCCUUAUUGGAAGCAAAAUCAGCCUAUUGGGUUGAUUUUAUGUUAACUUGAUUUUAUAGUAGACAUAAGGCAUGAAGAUCCAAAUUAUGCAAAUAUCCAUUAUCCGGAAAACCCCAGGUCCUUCGCAUUCUGGAUAACAGGUCCCAUACCUGUAUUACAUUCUGUUUCUAUGUUUUCCAGGAGGCAGUGUUGGACUGGCCCACCGGGAUACCAGGAAAACUCCUGGUGGGCCCUGGUGUCAGUGGGCCCUCUUGCUUCUAACCAUUUAGCCUAUUUCAUGGUCAUUCCCUAUUUUUUUAAGGGGCUUAAUAAUAGAAGAAUAUAGUAUAUUUUGAACAGACUAGGAAAAAAAUAGAUUGUUUGAGGAGAGGAGGAAUAAUCGUUUGAAAAGUGGGCCCCAAGGACUAAGGUUUUCUGGAGGGCCCCUGAGAUCCCAGUCCGACACUGCCAGGAGGAAUAUACAAACUGUGAAGUGUGCUAACUUUGUUUUUAAACAAUUGCUUACAUCAAUAUUGAUUUUGAAACAAGUAGUCCUCCAACUUAAGACUUGGGCCAACCAGUAACUAGGGGGUUAUAUAUAUACUAAAAUGAUUGUAAGAAACCCUGAGGAUUGAAGGAAAGGAGCUCUAGUCCCAUGAAGCACGAUGGACAAUUAUAUUGAGGCUAAGAAGAGAAUAAUAAUGUGUAUAACCUGCUCUUGCCACAGUUAGAACAUAUUUCCAGCCCAUCAGUAUUCCAUAUCAUAUCAACUGAGUCUUGUGCUUGUGCAUCUAUAUGUUUUUUUUAAUUACUGGUCUAUAAAACAUAACGUGUUUAGAAAAGGAAUUCCAUUUGUGCAGGUUUUAUCUCCUUUUUUUUGAAAACAUCUUUUUAAACAUUUUUUAAUGAUGACCAUUAAAUUUGAUACAUAA